AUGGUCCGAAUCACGACGUGGAAUGUCAACGGCAUCCGCAACCCGUUUGGCUACGAGCCAUGGCGCAAGAAUCGCACCUUCAGCGCCAUGUUCGACAUCCUUGAGACCGACAUCAUCAUCAUGCAGGAGCUGAAGAUUCAGCGCAAAGACCUGACCGAUGACAUGGUACUCGUGCCGGGCUGGGACUGCUACUUCAGCCUGCCCAAGCACAAAAAAGGAUACUCUGGCGUUGGAAUAUACACUCGUCAGUCCGCAUGCGCACCUGUCCGCGCCGAAGAAGGCCUCCUUGGUGUUCUCUGUCCACCCGGCUCAUCGACGCCCUACCGUGAGCGACCCGAAUCCGACAGCAUUGGAGGCUACCCGUCACUCGCUCGUAUUGAGGCCCUGGGAGUCGACCCAGCAGCCCUCGAUGCAGAAGGCCGAUGUCUUGUCCUCGAGUUUCCCGCAUUCGUGCUGUUUGGCGUCUACAGCCCUGCCAACAGCAACGGUCUACGAGAUAACUUCCGCUACGGAUUCCUUGACAUGCUGGAUACACGGAUACGCAACCUCACCAAGAUGGGCAAGAACGUCAUCUUGACCGGCGAUCUCAAUGUUUCACGCGACCUCAUCGACACAGCCAAAGCGGAGGACAACAUGAAAGCGGAAGGCAUGACCCACAGCGAGUAUCUCAGUACACCGAACCGUCGGAUAUUCAACCAGCUUCUGCUUAACGGCAUAGUACCGGGCGAGCGAGACGAGGACAGAGAAGAGCCGGUCUUGUACGAUCUGUGCCGCGAAUUUCACCCCCAUCGUGAGGGUAUGUACACACAUUGGGAACAGAAGAUCAACGCAAGACCAGGUAAUUUUGGCUCGCGCAUCGAUUUCGUGUUGUGUAGCAUCAGAAUCAAGGACUGGUUCCAGGAGUCAAAUAUCCAGGAAGGUUUAAUGGGCUCAGACCAUUGCCCGGUGUAUGCAGUGACCAAAGACAAGGUGCUGGGAAUGGGCAAUGCAACACACGAAGGUGCGGAUGACGAAGAGCACCACAUCCUCGAUAUCAUGAAUCCUCCUGGAAUGUUUAGAGAUGGAGUGCGAUUGAGGGAGUACAACGCAGCCAAAGACCUUCCCUCACUCUCAGGCAAGCUACUCACCGAAUUCAACAAACGACAGAACAUCCGUGACAUGUUCAGCAGAAAGCCUACUAUUCCGAAACCUAUGAACGCAUUCACAUUCUCGUCGCCCGACGCCACGUUGGAAGGGGCCGCGGAUAUCUCGGCAAAGCAAGGGGCAGACGAAGGAUCCGAAUCCAAACCGGCGGGAGCGACAAACGCUUUGUUUCCCGCAAAUGACCAGGUUGUAAACGCCACCAGCCCUCUCAACUCGCCUGAGAAGCGGCGCGCAUCUGCAUCUGCAUCGCCCGAUAACAGAUCGAUCAAGCGAUCCAAAGCUUCCAAUCCGGCCCCCAAUUACAAUGCAGCUUCGCUCGCCAAGGGUCAGCAGUCGCUGAAAGGAUUCUUCCAGUCACGCCCUAAAGCCCUAGGGCUAAAUCCUGGCGCAACCAAAAUGACCUCCUUCACAUCUGUGACAGCUGCCAACGGCGAUGCAAGUCUGAGCUCCUCGAAAAACAGAGCCGAUAUUGUCCCACCGCCAGCGGCCCCACAGGCAGCAUCCGCCAGUCAGACCACCAUAUCUCCAAUUUCGGCCUGUGAUCCCGGUGCGGCGCAGCAAGCCUCUAAGGAAGGUUGGACGAAGCUGUUCUCAAAGCGACCGCCGCCCAGAUGUGAAGGCCAUGCCGAGCCAUGCAUUACUCUCACGACCAAGAAACCUGGCGUCAACCGCGGGAGGCAGUUCUGGAUGUGUCCUAGACCGAUCGGCCCUUCUGGACAGAAAGAAUCGGGCACACAGUGGCGCUGCGGAACCUUCAUCUGGGCGAGCGAUUGGAAGGCAGGCGAUUGA